AUGCUCCUUGAUUCACAUGAUUUUGGUUACAUUGAUUUUGAUUCCAUUACGGGCUUAUCAAACGUAGCAGACAAUCUUCGUAUGGAGUUGAUUUCUCGUGGGCCAGAAGUAUUUCAGAAAAAGGAUGCUAAUUUUGCAGUAAGUGCAGGCCGUUCAAUGACUUUAACAUGGUUUAAACGUAGUCUUCCCAAUGGAAAGGAAGUCAACAGAUCUUGGUUGCUUUAUUCCCCUUCUAAAAAGUCAGUGUACUGUUUCUGUUGUGUAUUAUUCACUUCAACAAGCAGUAACUCUAGAUCGUCAUUUGAGUUAUCUUCUGGAUUUUGUAAUUGGCGACACACAGAGAGACUGAGGGAUCACGAAAACAGUCCAAGUCAUCGAAUAUCUUUUACUAAAUGGAAGGAAUUGGAACAUCGGAUUUCACAAGGUAUGUUGAUUGAUAUGGAAGUUGAGAAACAAAUUCAACAUGAAAAGCAAAAAUGGCGUGAAGUGCUGAAACGAAUUCUGGCUUGCAUAAAAUUUCUAGCUAGCCAAAAUUUGGCUUUACGUGGUCACUGUGAAAGUCUUGCUGAAGAUGAUACCGAAUGUUACAAUAUAGGAAAUUUCCUGGCCACAAUGAAGCUAAUUGCUCAGUUUGAUCCAUUAUUAUCAAGUCAUCUACAGCAUUCUAAAAAUGUUCCGGGUUCAGUUUCAUAUUUGUCACCAAGAAUUCAAAAUGAAUUUAUCAGUCUUCUUGCAUCUACUGUCAGAAAGCAGAUACUCUGUGAUAUUCGACGAAACAAAUAUUAUGGACUAAUGCUAGAUUCAACACCUGAUCUAGCACACCGGGAACAGUUAUCAGAAGUUAUUAGGUUUGUUGAUGUUAAUUUCAAAACCAAAAAAGUGACCAUCAAAGAAUCUUUUCUUGGUUUUAUUCAGCUUCAUGCAAAAGAUGCAGCAACACUAGAAAAUGUUAUUGUUGAACAGUUGCAAGCGGACAACCUUCCUAUAGCUGACUGUCGAUCUCAGUGUUAUGAUAACGCAGCUGUAAUGGCAGGAGAACUGUCCGGACUCCAACAAAGAAUUGCCAUUCGAAAUCCUCAAGCAUCGUUUUGCUUCAACUGUUCGAUGGGAGAAAAUGAAAGAAUUGCUUGGAAUUACAUUGGAAUUACAUUGAAGAGAGAAUGUCCAACACGCUGGAGUGCAAGACAAGAUGCGGUGAAUGCAAUCCACGAACAGUUUGAUGGAUUUUUACAGCUGUUAGAAAACCUGUAUGAAGAUGGUACUCAAACUAGUGAGACUCAGAAUGAUGCAUACAGUUUGCUUCAAAAUGUGAUGAAUUUCAAUUUCAUCACUCUACUUGAUUUCUGGCAUGCAGUUUUGUCAAAAAUUGACCGGAUUCAAAAACGACUGCAAGAUCCAUCAAUGAAUUUCCAUGACGCAGCACUGGAUUUAGAAGGACUGCAGCAACGGCUAAGUAGCAUUCGAGAAGAUGUUUGCAUCACUGCAGUCAAUGCAGCUAAAGUUCUGUGUGAAAAAUUGGGAAUUAGGAUAGAAGAAAGAAUUAAACGUCGAAAACAGAUGCCUGGUGAAAAUGCUGGUGAUGCAGGACUCGCUGCGGUUGAAGAAAUAACUCGCAUUAUGAAAUCAGUUAUUGAUAGACUAAUCCAGGAGAUGACAACACGAUUUGGUCGUCUGGAGACGUUAGAUGAAAAGUUUGGAUUUCUAUUCAACAUCAGCAAAUUGUUUGCUAAUGAUACCUCUAAUGAUAUUCAGCAGCACUGUGCUACGCUGGCUGACUUUUAUAAAACUGAUAUCGAUGGAACUGAACUAUUCGUAGAAAUCAGUGACUGCAGUAUGUUGCUGAAAACCCGACCAGAUGCUACCCCAAGCAGCCCAUUAGAAUUACUUUCAUUUAUUAUUUCAUAA